AAUCUUCUUGAUCUAGGAAAUAAAGGGGAUUUAAGUGAUGGAUCGCCAUUGGCCUUGGAAGAAAAAAUCAUCUGAUAAAACUAAUAAGGCUGCUUCUGCUGUCGUAGCUGCUGCUGUUGUGGUGGAUGAGGCUGCUGCCAAUUUGGCUUCAGCAACACCUAUAGGCGAUGAGGAUGCCCACAAAAAACCAAAGUACGUUCAAAUUUCUGUUGAAUUGUAUUCACAUCUCACCGGUUUGGAGAAUCAAGUGAAAACAUACGAGGAACAAGUUCAGUCAUUGGAGGAAGAGAUUAAGGACUUGAAUGAAAAGCUCGAUGCGGCCAAUACAGAGAUUUCUGCCAAGGAAGACCUGGUGAAUCAGCACACUAAAGUUGCUGAAGAAGCUAUCUCAGGGUGGGAAAAGGCUGAAGCCGAGGCCUUGGCAUUGAAAAAUCACUCGGAAUCGGUCACGCUUUUGAAGCUCACUGCUGAAGAUAGGGCAUCACAUUUGGAUGGUGCUCUUAAAGAAUGCAUGCGGCAAAUCCGAAAUCUGAAGGAAGAACAUGAGCAGAAGUUGCAAGAUGUGGUAGUUAGCAAAAACAAGCAAUGUGAAAAGAUUAAGCUUGAGCUUGAAGCUAAGUUAGCUAAUUUAGACCAAGAGCUCCUCAAGGCCGAAGCUGAAAACACUGCAAUUUCAAGGUCUUUGCAAGAAUGUUCUAACAUGCUGAUCAAGAUUAGUGAAGAAAAAUCACAAGCUGAGGCUCAGAUCGAGCGUCUGAAGGGUAGCAUUGAUUCAUGUGAAAGGGAAAUUAAUUCGCUGAAGUAUGAACUCCAUGUUGUUUCCAAAGAGAUAGAUAUCCGUAACGAAGAAAAGAACAUGAGCAUGAGGACUGCAGAAUCAGCUAACAAGCAGCAUAUGGAGGGUGUCAAAAAGAUAGCAAAGCUAGAAGCAGAAUGCCAAAGAUUGCGCGGCCUUGUGCGGAAAAAGUUGCCAGGUCCAGCUGCACUCGCCCAAAUGAAGCUAGAGGUUGAGAGUUUAGGACGUGAUUAUGGAGAUACACGAUUAAAGAGAUCUCCUUUCCGGCCUUCCACUCCACACAUGUCCCCUGUGAGCGACUUUUCUCUUGACAAUGUGCAGAGAUUCCAUAAAGAGAACGAGUUUCUGACCGAACAUUUAUUUGCAAUGGAAGAAGAAACAAAGAUGCUGAAAGAAGCUUUGGCAAAGCGUAACAGUGAACUACUAGCUUCCAGGAGUCUGUGUGCUAAGACAUCCAGCAAGCUUCAGAGUUUAGAAGCACAACUUGCCGUCAGCAACCAACAAAGAAGUCACUCGAAAGCAAUUGUUCAGAUUCCUGCAGAAGUUUACCCGAGUCAAAAUGCUAGCACUCCACCAAGUGUUACUUCUGUAUCUGAAGAUGGAAACGAUGACGACAGAAGUUGUGCCGAAUCAUGGGCAACAGCUUUAGUCUCCGAGCUUCCUCAAUUCAAAAAGGAAAAGAGUACCUACAAAACUGAAAAUUCAAAGCAGUUGGACCUUAUGGAUGACUUUCUUGAGAUGGAGAAGUUGGCUUGUUCUUCAAUUGACACAACUGCACUUGGUGCUGUCAGCAUUUCAGGCUGCAAUGAUAAUAAGAUAAUUGAAACCAUUAAUGGUGGUGCUUCUGAAAAGCAGCAUGAUCUAUCUCCCUCAGAAAAUCAUGUAUUGUCUAAAAUGGAUUCGUCCGUAGUGUAUCCUGAAUCUGAUGCAGACAAAUUGCUGGUUAUGAAGCUUCGAACAAGGCUUUCUAUGGUGCUUGAAUCAAUAUCUAAUGAUGCUGAUCUGCAGAAAAUUCUGGAGGAGAUCAAAUGCGUUGUGCAAGAUAUAAAUGGCAGCCUGAGCCAGCACUCUGUAAAUAGUGUCUCUGACAAAUCACACGGUUCUGAUGGCACAUGCAAUGGGCAAGUUUAUCCUGAAGAUGGUAGCUUGACUGCAGAGAAGGAAAUUGCUCUCUCUCCAGGUGACAAGUUAACUUCAGAAAGUGUGCAAACUUUAAGUCAAGAAUUAUCAGCUGCGAUAUCUCAGAUUCAUGACUUUGUAUUGUUCCUGGGAGAUGAAGCAAGGGCAGUUGAUGAUAUAUCUUUUGAUGGCAAUGAACUAAGCCAAAAAAUCAGUGAGUUCUCUGUCACCUACAAUAAGGCCUUAUUCAGCAAUAUAAGUUUGGAAGAUUUUGUUUUCAAUCUUUCUUCUGUUUUAGAAAAGGCCAGUGAACUAAGGUUCAAUGUCCUUGGCUUCAAGGGUAAUGAAGUGGAAAUAAGUAGUCCUGAUUGCAUAGAUAAGGUGGCUUUACCAGAAAAUAAAGUUACUCAAAAAGGUUCAUCGGGAGGAAUAUAUCAAAACAGCUGUGCCCAUAUUUCAAGUCCAACUUCCAAUCCGGAGGUUCCCAAUGAUGGACACCUGAUCUCAGAUUUUGAAUCGAAAACAUUGAGCAAAUUCUCAUCGGAAGAGUUCAAGGAUUUGAAGUUGGAGAAAGAAAGCUUGGUAAUGGAUUUUUCUCAAUGUACUGAAAACCUGGAGAUGACCAAGUCUAAAUUACAUGAAACAGAACUGCUUCUAACAGAAGCUAAAUCUCAAUUGGUGUCUGCUCAGAAAUCAAACAGCUUGGCCGAGACACAGCUGAAAUGCAUGGCGGAGUCUUAUAGAUCACUUGAAACUCGGGCAGAGGAGUUAGAUACUGAGGUGAACCUUCUCCGUGCAAAAAUAGAUACUCUUGAAAAUGAGCUUCAAGAUGAAAAGAAAAGCCAACAUGAUGCUUUGGCCAAAUGCAAGGAACUUGAAGAGCAUCUGCAAAGGAAUGAGAACUGUUCUGCCUGUUCUUCAGCAGCAGAUGCCGACAUCAAGAGCAAGCAGGAGAACGAGUUAGCAGAUGCAGCUAAGAAACUAGCCGAGUGUCAAGAAACCAUAUUCCUUCUUGGCAAGCAAUUGAAUUCUCUCCGUUCUCAGACAGAAAGGAAGGGAUACAACGAGAGGACCCCAAAUGUCGAAGGUUUCUGCGAGGAUGAAACCACUACCAGCAACGUGAACUUGCAUGAUUUAAAUCAGGCAGAGAUAGACACUGCUGGUUCCGGCAAUGCAAGCAGGUCGGGUCCAGAGUCGCCCAUGGAGUCAUCAUUUAACACGCCAUGCAGCCCUUCUGAAACUGAAGCAAACCUUUUGAGAUCACCGGUCAACUCAUACAAUUCAAAUCUCCGGUCUACUAUAUCGAGUUCCUCAUCUUGCUCUUCCACGCCAAUACCGGAGAAACAAUCUCGAGGCAUUAGCAGAUUCUUUUCCUCCAAAGGGAAGAAUGGUCAUUAAGUGGCCUCUAGACAUACUAAUAAGUGGAGGAACCAAAGUUUGGAAACCCCAUAUUCGUUAUUGUGAAGUGAUCGGUGAUUUUGUAAGU